CGCCUCACCCGGGACGGUGUGCAGGGCUCACACCGGGCCCUCCGAGACUGAGCUGCUCGCCGCGGCUCCUGGGAGCCGGGCUGCAGUUCCCUGCCGUCCCCGUUGGUCCCCCGCUGCCCCGGGCGCGCCACCAUGGGGCCCCGGUUCAGCUUCUGGCUUCUACUGCUGCCCGCCGCCCUUCUGCUCCACGAGGAGCGCAGCCGGGCCGCUGCGAAGGGUGACUCCGGCUGUGGCGGCUCUGGCUGUGGGAAAUGUGACUGUCAUGGCGUCAAGGGACAAAAGGGAGAAAGAGGCUUUCCAGGGUUACAAGGUGUCAUUGGGUUUCCUGGGAUGCAAGGACCCGAGGGGCCACAUGGACCACCAGGACAAAAGGGUGAUACUGGAGAACCUGGACUUCCUGGCACAAAAGGGACAAGAGGACCCCCUGGAAUAGCUGGCUACCCUGGGAACCCCGGGCUUCCUGGUAUUCCUGGCCAAGAUGGUCCGCCAGGUCCCCCAGGUAUCCCAGGAUGCAACGGUACAAAGGGAGAGAGAGGUCCGCUUGGUCCUCCUGGCUUGCCUGGAUUCACCGGGAGUCCUGGACCACAAGGGCCGCCAGGAAUUAAGGGAGAUCCUGGUGAAAUUAUCGGCCACACCCCUGGAAUACCUUUGAAAGGGGAAAGAGGAUUCCCUGGCAUCCCUGGCACUCCGGGCCUACCGGGAGUGCCAGGGCUCCAGGGACCUGUUGGUCCUCCAGGAUUUACUGGGCCGCCGGGUCCCCCCGGCCCUCCUGGCCCCCCUGGAGAAAAGGGGCAGAUGGGCUCCAGCUUCCAAGGACCAAAAGGUGACAAGGGUGAGCAGGGGGUCAGCGGCCCCCCUGGAGUACCGGGACAGGCACAAGUUAAAGAAAAAGGAGACUUUGCCCCAACAGGAGAAAAGGGUCAGAAAGGUGAACCCGGAUUCCAGGGAGCCCCAGGGCUUGGAGAGAAAGGUGAACCAGGGAAGCAAGGGCCACGGGGAAAACCUGGAAAAGACGGCGAGAAGGGAGAAAAGGGGAGUCCGGGCUUUCCUGGUGAUUCCGGGUACCCAGGACUCCCAGGCCGGCCAGGCCCUCAGGGAGAGAAGGGUGAAACUGGACUUCCAGGCCCUCCUGGAUCUGUGAUAGGCACCAUGCCGCUGGGAGAGAAAGGGGAGCGAGGCUACCCCGGAACGCCAGGGUUAAGAGGAGAGCCAGGCCCUAAAGGUUACCCUGGAAUACAAGGCCAGCCAGGCCCUCCAGGCUUCUCCAUUCCAGGCCAGAUUGGUGCUCCCGGCUUCCCAGGCGAAAGAGGAGAAAAAGGCGACCAGGGAUUUCCAGGAGUGUCUUUACCGGGACCCAGUGGAAGAGAUGGAACUCCAGGGCCUCCCGGCCCUCCUGGGCCCCCUGGACAGCCAGGCCAUACAAAUGGCAUUGUGGAAUGCCAGCCUGGACCUCCUGGGGACCAGGGUCCUCCCGGGGUACCAGGACAGCCCGGUUUGAUAGGCGAAGUUGGACAGAAAGGUGAGAAAGGAGAAGGCUGCCUUGCUUGUGACACAGAAGGACUCCGAGGCCCCCCUGGACCACAGGGGCCCCCAGGAGAGAUUGGUUUCCCCGGACAGCCAGGGGCCAAAGGUGACCGUGGUCUGCCUGGCAGAGAUGGUCUUGAAGGAUUGCCGGGUCCACAAGGUGCACCAGGGCUCAUGGGCCAGCCUGGAGCUAAGGGAGAACCUGGCGAGAUAUUUUUUGACAUGCGACUCAAAGGUGACAAAGGAGACCCAGGUUUCCCAGGACAACCAGGCAUGCCAGGAAGAGCGGGAACCCCUGGAAGAGAUGGCCACCCAGGACUUCCUGGACCCAAAGGCUCCCCGGGCUUGGUAGGAUUGAAAGGAGAACGAGGGCCCCCUGGAGGAGUUGGCUUCCCCGGCAGUCGCGGUGACAUUGGCCCACCUGGGCCCCCAGGAAUCGGUUCCAUUGGUCCCAUUGGUGAAAAAGGAAAUGCAGGCUUUCCUGGAAACCCAGGGUCCCCAGGCCUUCCAGGUCCAAAGGGUGAAGCAGGAAAGGUUGUCCCACUCCCUGGCCCCCCUGGAGCUGCAGGCCUUCCAGGAUCCCCUGGGUUCCCAGGGCCACAAGGUGACCGAGGCUUCCCAGGAACCCCAGGACGACCAGGCAUCCCAGGAGAGAAGGGUGCUGUGGGCCAGCCAGGGAUUGGAUUUCCCGGGCCUCCAGGCCCCAAAGGUGUUGACGGCUUGCCUGGAGACAUAGGGCAACCUGGGAGUCCAGGCCGCCCUGGAUUUAAUGGCUUACCUGGCAACCCAGGGCCACAAGGCCAAAAGGGAGAACCUGGCAUUGGGCUACCAGGACUCAAAGGGCAGCCAGGCCUGCCAGGCAUUCCUGGUACACCUGGAGAGAAGGGCAACAUCGGGGGACCAGGCGUCCCUGGAGAGCAAGGAUCGAUUGGCCCCCCUGGACUCCAGGGGAUCAGAGGUGACCCAGGACCUCCUGGAGUUCAAGGCCCUGCAGGUCCACCAGGGGUUCCUGGAAUAGGACCACCCGGAGCCAUGGGCCCUCCCGGAGGACAGGGACCUCCAGGGUCAUCAGGUCCACCUGGAGUCAAAGGAGAGAAGGGUUUCCCUGGAUUCCCAGGACUGGACAUGCCCGGCCCCAAAGGAGAUAAAGGCUCUCAAGGACUUCCUGGCCUCACGGGACAGUCAGGGCUCCCUGGCCUCCCUGGACAGCAGGGGACUCCUGGAUUACCAGGAUUCCCAGGUUCUAAAGGCGAAAUGGGCGUCAUGGGAACCCCAGGGCAACCAGGCUCACCGGGACCAGCUGGCACCCCAGGGUUGCCUGGAGAGAAAGGAGACCAUGGCCUUCCAGGCUCUUCAGGACCCAGGGGAGACCCUGGCUUCAAAGGCGAUAAGGGGGAUGUUGGGCUUCCCGGCAUGCCAGGAUCUAUGGAACACGUGGACAUGGGCAGUAUGAAGGGACAGAAAGGAGACCAAGGAGAGAAAGGACAAAUUGGACCCACUGGUGAUAAAGGUUCCCGAGGAGAUCCUGGAACGCCAGGAGUGCCUGGGAAGGACGGGCAGGCGGGGCAUCCUGGACAACCAGGACCUAAAGGUGACCCAGGUCUUAGUGGAACACCAGGAGCCCCUGGCCUCCCUGGACCCAAAGGAUCUGUUGGAGGAAUGGGCAUGCCAGGUUUACCCGGACAGAAAGGUGUUCCCGGCAUCCCCGGCCAACAGGGCGUCCCUGGCUCACCUGGAGAGAAAGGAGCCAAAGGAGAGAAAGGACAGUCCGGUGUACCUGGCAUUGGGAUUCCCGGGCCGCCCGGCGACAAGGGAGACCAGGGACUCGCGGGUUUCCCAGGCAGCCCUGGCGAGAAGGGAGAGAAAGGCAGCGCCGGAACCCCAGGGAUGCCAGGGUCCCCAGGCCCAAGGGGGUCUCCAGGGAGCAUCGGCUAUCCAGGAAGCCCAGGCCUGCCUGGAGAGAAGGGAGACAAAGGCCUCCCGGGAUUGGAUGGUGUUCCUGGUGUCAAAGGAGAAGCAGGUCUCCCUGGGACUCCCGGUCCUACAGGUCCAGCUGGCCAGAAGGGAGAGCCUGGCAGUGAUGGCAUCCCUGGGUCAGCAGGAGAGAAGGGCGAGCCAGGUCUUCCCGGAAGAGGCUUCCCAGGAUUCCCAGGGAACAAAGGAGACAAAGGUUCCAAGGGUGAAGUGGGCUUCCCCGGCUUAGCUGGGAGUCCAGGAAUUCCUGGAGCCAAAGGGGAGCAAGGAUUCAUGGGUCCUCCGGGCCCUCAAGGACAACCCGGUUUACCUGGCACUCCUGGUCAUCCCGUGGAGGGGCCCAAAGGAGACCGAGGACCUCAGGGUCAACCCGGCCUGCCAGGACAUCCGGGACCUAUGGGGCCUCCAGGGUUCCCCGGACUCAAUGGGCCAAAAGGUGACAAGGGAAAUCCAGGUUGGCCAGGAGCUCCUGGGGUUCCAGGCCCCAAGGGAGACCCAGGAUUCCAAGGCAUGCCGGGCAUUGGCGGCUCUCCAGGGAUCACAGGCUCAAAAGGAGACAUGGGACCACCAGGAGUUCCAGGAUUCCAAGGUCAGAAAGGUCUUCCUGGCCUCCAGGGAGUGAAAGGAGACCAGGGGGAUCAAGGCAUACCCGGCCCUAAAGGUCUCCAAGGUCCCCCAGGUCCCCCAGGUCCAUAUGAUGUCAUCAAAGGAGAGCCAGGGCUCCCUGGUCCAGAGGGUCCCCCUGGUCUAAAAGGACUCCAGGGACCACCAGGUCCAAAAGGACAGCAAGGUGUGACAGGCUCGGUGGGCUUUCCUGGACCCCCAGGUGUUCCUGGGUUUGAUGGUGCCCCUGGUCAGAAAGGAGAGACCGGCCCCUUUGGACCACCCGGUCCGAGAGGGUUUCCUGGUCCACCAGGCCCCGAUGGGCAGCCAGGAUCCAUGGGUCCCCCAGGUACCCCAUCUGUGGACCACGGCUUCCUUGUGACCAGACAUAGUCAGACAACAGAUGAUCCACUGUGUCCUCCAGGGACCAAAAUUCUCUACCAUGGGUACUCUCUGCUCUAUGUGCAAGGCAACGAACGGGCUCAUGGGCAGGACUUGGGCACUGCAGGCAGCUGUCUGCGCAAGUUCAGCACGAUGCCCUUCCUCUUCUGCAACAUCAACAAUGUCUGCAACUUCGCCUCCAGAAAUGACUACUCCUACUGGCUGUCCACGCCAGAGCCGAUGCCCAUGUCCAUGGCUCCCAUCUCUGGGGACAACAUCCGGCCCUUCAUUAGCAGGUGUGCAGUGUGCGAAGCACCCGCCAUGGUGAUGGCGGUACACAGUCAAACCAUCCAGAUCCCGCAGUGCCCCAACGGUUGGUCCUCACUGUGGAUCGGCUAUUCCUUCGUCAUGCACACCAGCGCUGGUGCUGAAGGUUCCGGCCAAGCCCUUGCAUCCCCCGGGUCCUGCCUGGAGGAGUUUAGAAGCGCCCCGUUCAUCGAGUGCCAUGGCCGAGGAACAUGCAAUUACUACGCGAAUGCUUACAGCUUUUGGCUCGCCACCAUAGAGAGAAGCGAGAUGUUCAAGAAGCCCACGCCGUCCACCUUGAAGGCAGGGGAGCUUCGCACGCACGUCAGCCGCUGCCAAGUGUGCAUGAGAAGAACAUAACGAUGCCCGCCUCUGCCGCCGUCACAACAUGGUGCUACUCCCUCCUCGUCCUCUCCUCCCUCCUGUUUUGUUUUUAACAGCAAUGAACCCUAGAAUUAUACCCCAUGUACCUCACUGUCCACUAUGAAAACCGUAAAGUGCCUUAUAGGGAUCCGCGUAACUAACACACCCCGCUUCAUUGGCUUCUGUUUGCUGAAGGAGAAGGACAGACAGCGAUGAGCUUUCCGUAGAGGCACAUACCAAAUGGCACUCGUGAUCAAAUAAAAGAUGAAUUGCCUUUUGCAAUCCAGUGCACUGAUGUGUGAGGUGAGAACUCCAUAAGAAACCCAAAGGUGCUAGGGGUACACGGUGCUCUCCAGACAGCCCACAGCCCGUUUCAUUCUGUCACCCCAGAUGUGAGUGUCUGUCCAUACCACUGUCUAGUGUUUCCAGAUCAGGUCCCUCAAUGGUCUGUGCCAAGAGCCGUCAAGGAAACUGGUUUCUUCAACCCUUUAUAUGGAAUUCCAUCUUUUCAGCCCCAAACACAAACUUAUGCCCUGUGUGGUACUACGCAGCUGCUUUUGUGGAAGUCAUGGCUUUCCUGUGGAAUAAAGAUGGUCCAAAGGUAGACAGAAAAUAAAUAUAUAUAUAUGUAUUAGUAAUUUAUAUAGAUGUCAGCAGUUAGGCAGAUCAAGUUCUAGCGUAGAGCCCGUUGUUAAAUAAAGCAUACUUCGUUUUCCUCUCUCGAA